AUGUCGGAUUCGACGACCAGCAAGCCUGAGGAGGUUCCCUUCCAAGGAACACCUCCUCUUGUCCAUAACUUCUGUAUUGCUGCCGCCGUUCUAUCCCCGAUCAUGAUGAUCCUGCCGCCGCGGCGUAUGGACUGGCGAUUCUUUAUGCACUCGUCCAUCUUCUCCGCUUCGACGAACCAGCUCAUGUACGACUGGACUGGCCAGUCCAUCUACCAGCGUGUCGGCGCCCGAUUCGAGGCCAUGUUCCCCACGACCCUUCCGGAGCAGGCGCAAAGGACAAAACAGGCCUUGCGCGAGGAGCGGAUGCGCCGCGAGGGUUUGACGGAGGAGCAGAUGCGCGCCAUCGAGUACCAGAAGCGAUCUCUCGUGCAGAGGAUAUGGUAUGGCAAGGAGCCUGAGGACUGGGAUGCCAAGCGUGGGGAGGAGCACGCGAAGGCGUUGGCUGAGGGCAGGGGGUUGGGAGAUUUGAUUGCAGAGCAGGUCAAGGAGGUCUGGGAUGGCGAGAAGGGAAAGAAGGAGGAUGACGAUAACAAGAAGGCAUGA